AUGAUUGGAGCAGACCCUGAUAUGCUCCAGGCAAGGUUGAGAAGCGGAACCGACCGCCAAAGUCCUGCGAGCCGUGUCGGACACGAAAGUGAGUCUCAGCGCUGGAGUCUACCUUGCGACUCAUGCAUCAAAAGGAACAAGCAAACGCUCUGCCACUAUGCUUCUAACGCUGACAGACACGAUAAGCGCGGCGAGAAGAAUGAAUCUGUUGCUGAUCGGCUCAAGAACCUAGAGAGUCUGAUUGCUACGGUGGCUCAGAAGAGCCAGAAGAAAGAUUCGCUGUCUGCGCUUUCUCUCAAUGAGAACUCACUUCAAAAGGAAUAUCAAACACCGAGUCCAAGAAAUGCUCAGCCUUCUCAAAACUUCAUAUCAGAGGCUGUCGCUCACAGUGACGAUAACAUCGCCAGCGGCCUCGUGGGCCAAGUCGACUCGAGCCACUGGUCCUCUAUCCUCGAGAACAUCAGAGCCAUUCGUGAUGAGUUACCUGCCGCUAGCCCGCAGACCUCGACUCUCAGUUCAGUUACGCUGAAUAAUGAGGCGUCUACGAGUGAGGCAGACUUUGACAUGGGAUCUCCUGAUGGCCUGUCAAUUGAGUAUAUCUUAUCAGCCUUGCCGCCACGACAGUAUGAAUCGUUCUGGGACUCGCCAUCAGAAACUUCCCCAGUGUGGAUCGCACUACUCCUAGCUCUUCUCAGUCUAUCAGCAGGCGUCUACGAAAUCUCAGGCAUGGCACGCUCCUCUCAAUUCCCGAUUCCCUCCAGCAAAGCUCUUUCCAAGAAAACCCAAGAAUGUCUCCUCUUGAGCAACUACACUGCCGCCACUGAACACGCCGUCGAAGCUUUUCUCCUACUUCUCGUCGGAUGCUGGCUUCGCGCCAAGGUUUCAGACACCAAUCUCUGGUUCCUCAUGGGUAAGGUAGUGCAACUUGCCAUCUGCAAGGGUUACCAUCGAGAUUCGACAAAGGUACCAGGCUCCAGGAUUUCUCCGUUCGACGGGGAGAUGAGGAGACGAGUCUGGGUCUGUUUGUACCAGCUUGAUUCUCUAAUGUCGUUCCAGAUGGGUCUGCCAAGCAUGAUACCAUCGGACUUCUGUGAUACAGAGUUGCCGAGGAACCUGAACCAAUCGGACUUUUAUCCUGGUAUCGCGGAACUGCCUCCGUCUAGACCUCUUUCUGAGAACACGACUAUCUCCUAUGCCAUCGUAAAAGCUUCUGUAAUGGCAAUGUUCAAGAAAGUGGUCAGACAUACACGGUCACUUACGCCACCGUCGUACGAAGAGACAGUUGCACUGGACGCUGAAGUCCGGGCAGCCUACGACAAAAUACCCGAUAGCUUCAAGUACAAACCACUCACUAGCUUCAUCGUUGACGAAGUCAGUAUCAUAAUGAGCAGAACUACCAUAGAGCUGCUGCACCUCAAGAGCAUCAUCGUUCUUCAUCGUCAAUACUUGACAGAUCGACAAGACGGUCGCUUUGCGUUCUCCAGAAAGGCCUCUCUUGAUGCAGCGGAAAGGCUACUUGAGAGACAGGCUGAGAUACACCAGAUUACUCUACCAGGUGGCUUGUUGCAUGAUAAGAAGUGGAUGAUCACGUCCUUGACACUGAGUGACUUUACUCUGGCUGCUAUGGUUAUCUGCUUGGAUCUAACCAUAAGUAUACGAAAUGGUACGAGAAUGAGUGCCUAUCCCGAGGAUGUCGAGUUACGCAAAUAUCUGGCGAUUGUCGAAAGGGCCCAUGAAAUAUGGUCCAGUUCGUCAGAAACGUCUGAGGGACGAAUAGUUUCUCAUGCCCUAGACUCAACUAUACAGCGAGUCAACGAGUUUAUCAACACGUCAUCAACCGCAAUGGCUGCUCAGAGCUGGCCGACUUCUGCGACGACAAACACAGAAACACCAGACUAUCUGACGCACAAUUUCGCGGAUCAGAUGGCAGACUUCGACAUGAUUGACAGCAUCGACUGGAGCCUUCUCGAUAAUCAGAUCCAAGAUCCUAGCAGCAUCCAAGACUUCGAUCUAGACAUGUGGCUUAUGGACACGGCUGGGCCUCUGGAAUCUCUGUGAUGAUUGGUGUCAGAUGGUUCCUCCGAGAAGUGGCGUUGCUGAAGGAUUAGUGACUGAGAUUCGAGGCACGCGUAAGGAUAUUGUGGCUUGCGG